UUAAUACGAGUUGUCCGAGUCAAUGAGCCAACCCAACAAUGCGGAAACAGAAAGAGCGUAAGAGGAAGCCGACGGAACUCAAAUGCUCGCCGGCGAAGUUACUCAAAAGUGGCACCGUUAACAAUCUCACAGUCAACGACCCCUACCCCAACCACCCUCGCCCCUCAUCUGAAGAAUGCCGAGCCGUUCGAGACGACCUCUUAGCCUUCCAUGGAUUCCCCCAACAGUUCGUCAAAUACCGCGAACAAAGGUUGAAGCUUCUUCCCAACGAGGAUGAAUAUGGAUCCACGACGUCACCGCAGGCGGAACUGGUGGUUUCUUCGAAGGAAAGUGUUUUGGACGGGCUAGUGAGCAUUAUAUUGUCACAAAAUACUACUGAUGCGAACUCUCAAAGGGCCUUUUCUUCACUCAAAUCUGCUUUCCCAACAUGGGAGGAUGUUCUUGCUGCUGAUUCAAAGUGUAUUGAGGAUGCUAUAAGAUGUGGAGGAUUAGCCCCAACAAAAGCUUCUUGUAUUAAGAAUAUGCUGAAUUGCUUGCACGAGAAGAGAGGGAAACUAUGCUUGGAAUACCUGCACGAUUUGUCAAUUGAUGAAAUAAAGACAGAACUCUCUCAAUUCAAAGGGAUUGGACCUAAAACGGUGGCAUGUGUAUUGAUGUUUAAUCUUCAGCAAGACGAUUUCCCUGUAGAUACACAUAUCUUUCAGAUUGCAAAGGCGAUUGGUUGGGUUCCCUUAGAUGCAGACACUAAAAGGACAUAUCUUCAUCUCAAUACAAGAAUACCAAAUGAACUGAAAUUUGACCUAAAUUGUCUCUUGUUCACACAUGGUAAAGCCUGCAAAUCAUGCACAAAGAAAGAAGGUAACCAGCAAAAGAAGGAAACUACAACUAGCUCAUGUCCUUUACUUAACUACUUAAGAAAAAAGUAAAUUUUCACAACACUUAUGUACCUAAUUUAUGUACUCAAUUGGAUAUGCAAUACACAGAUCAUUUCCACA